AUGACCUUAAAUCUUUGUGUACUGACUCCGAAUCGAAGUAUUUGGAAUUCAGAAGUAAAAGAAAUCAUUUUAUCUACUAAUAGUGGCCAAAUUGGCGUAUUACCAAACCAUGCCCCUACUGCCACAGCGGUAGAUAUAGGAAUUUUAAGAAUACGCCUUAACGACCAAUGGUUAACAUUGGCUCUGAUGGGCGGUUUUGCUAGAAUAGGCAAUAAUGAGAUUACUAUUUUAGUAAAUGAUGCUGAGAGGGGUAGUGACAUUGAUCCCCAAGAAGCCCAACAAACUCUUGAAAUAGCAGAAGCUAACUUGAGGAAAGCGGAAGGAAAGAGACAAAAAAUUGAAGCAAAUUUAGCUCUCAGACGAGCUAGGACACGAGUCGAGGCUAGCAAUACGAUUUCUUCGUAA